AUGAUGGAUAAUAUUUCUCAAAUAAGAAUGUUUUUUCUUUCAGGUUUAAAUGAAACACAUAACCACAUAUUUACUCUCUUCUUUCUCACUUUACUGUGUUACUGUGUGAUUUUGCUGGUAAAUAUUUCUAUUAUUGUGAUCAUCAUCAUGGAUAAAAAUCUGCAUGAACCAAUGUAUAUUUUACUAUGUACUUUUUCCAUGAAUGCACUUUAUGGGACAACAGGUUUCUACCCCAAGCUUCUCUGGGAUCUGCUUUCUCCUGUUCAUGUCAUCUCUUAUUCUGGAUGUCUUGUUCAGGCUCAAAUAAUUGCCUCAUUUGCCUGUGUUGAUUUGUCCAUUCUUUCAGUCAUGGCAUAUGACAGAUAUGUGGCUAUAUGUCGACCACUGGAGUACCACUCUGUCAUGUCAAAGCAAAGACUCAUUUUGUUAGUCUGUUACUCUUGGUUAACACCUUUUUUCAUUGUAGCUGCAAAUAUGUUUCUAACAUCUAGAUUAAAAUUAUGCAGCCCAUAUAUCACCAGAUUUUUUUGUGUGAAUUGGACAAUUGUUAAACUUGCAUGUAUUCCAGCUGAAACUGCCAUUAACAGCAUAGGGACAUACAUAACAAUACUCAUUUACUUUUUUCAUGGUAUGUUCAUAGUUCUAUCCUACAUUUGUCUUAUUAAAACAUGUGCAAAUUCUAUUGAAAACAGGGUAAAGUUCAUGCAAACAUGUGUGCCACAUUUGGUCUCCUUAUUCAUUUUACUCUUAACUAUACUUUUUGAUGUAAUGAUUAUGCGAUUUGGUUCAAAAGAUUUCCCUCAAGCCUUUAAAAACUUUGUUGCAAUAGAAAUUCUUGUCAUACCUCCCUUAAUGAAUCCAUUAAUUUAUGGUUUCAAAUUGACCAAAAUUAGAAACAGAGUUUUGGUUGUCAUGACCUUAAAAACUAAAUAA